AUGUCCGCCCGAGCAAUCCGCGCGCUCGCGCGCCCCACCACGCUUCUCCGCGCACCCGUCGCCCGCGCUGCCACGCCAAUCUCCCGUUCAUUCGCCAACACAAGCGUCCGCCGCGGCGGCGACUCGCACCACUUCGAUCCGCCGUCGGGCUGGCUGUUUGGCGUCAAGCCCGGCGAGGAGUACAAGAAGGAGGGGUGGGAGAAUGUGACCUUCUAUGUGUUUAUUCCGAUGAUGGUGCUGUUCGUUGGCGUGUAUGCAUUUAAGCCUGAUACUAGCAUCCAGACAUGGGCUCUUGAGGAGGCACGCAGGCGGCUUGAAGCUGAGGGCAUCCUGGCCGAUCCGGAUGUCAAGAAGGAUUAA